AAUUACAGAGGAGAGAGAGAGAAGAGAGAGAGAGCAAACCCCGGCGGGCGGCGGCGGCGACGGCGACGGCGGCGAAUGUUCCGGCGAACGUUACUCUACCAAUUCUCCGCUCAUCUCCUUGGAUUCUCUUUCCUGAAACUGUAACAAGUCCCUUCCAAGUGUUCGUCUCUGGACCUCACUGAGUCACUUUAACGGUUUUCUGCUUUUUCUCUUCAAGAAUCUUCGUCAACUCCGAGAAAUUUUUUUUUCCAAUGGCCUUUCAUUCGUGAAUGCGGCUAGUUUUCUUUGCACUGUAGGAUUUGGGUUUUCUAACAUUUCUGGACCUUCGUAGGAGUUCUUUUCGUUUUCUCGGAGAUUUUUCUUGUAUGUAUGUUAUAUAGCGAACUAGAAUCGAGUAAUUACUCUCAGUCUGAGCCGGUUUGAGUCAUUUGCAAGAGAAAUAUCCGAGGUCUCUGUAAUUUGUGGUGUUUAGUUCAGUAUCUUCCUUCUAUGGCUUUCUUGUGUUGUUUUCGUCUUCGAAUUUAGCGGACAAUGCGAGCAUUGUUGAAGAUGAAAUGGCUGCUUGAGUUCUUCGUCUUGUUCGUUUUGGCUCCUCUCUGCGUAAGAUGUCUAAACCUACCUCUAAACGACGACGUUUUGGGCCUGAUAGUGUUUAAAGCCGCUGUUCAAGAUCCGAAGCAGAAGCUCGCGACCUGGGACGAAGAGGACGAUAGCCCCUGCAACUGGACCGGCGUCAAAUGCAGUCCCAGAUCCAACCGCGUCGUCGAGCUCAACCUUGAUGGCUUCUCUCUCUCGGGUCGGCUCGGUCGGGGGCUUUUCCAGCUGCAGUUUCUGCAGAAAUUGUCGCUCUCGAAAAACAAUCUUACUGGAAAUAUUAGCCCUAAUUUCGCUCGAGUCGACAAUCUACAGGUGAUUGAUUUGAGCGGGAAUAAUUUCUCUGGGACAGUUCCGGAGGAUGUUUUUCGUCAAUGUGGGUCUUUGAGAGUUCUUUCCUUGGCAAACAACAAAUUUUCCGGGAACAUUCCUGAUAGUUUUAGCUCGUGUACAAGUCUGAUUGCAGUUAACUUGUCCUCGAAUCAGUUUUCGGGUCCUUUGCCUUCUGGGAUUUGGUCUUUUAGCGGGCUUCGAUCUUUGGACUUGUCUGAUAAUGCUGUGGAGGGUGAAAUUCCGAAGAUAAUCGAGAAUUUUCAUAAUCUGCGGACUCUUAACUUGAGGAGGAAUAGAUUUUCUGGGCAGCUUCCUGAUGGUAUUGGGAAUUGUUUGCUUCUGAGGUCUAUUGAUCUUAGUGAGAAUUCUUUCUCUGGGAAUCUUCCUGAAACUAUGCAGAAACUUGUUUUGUGUGGUAAUCUAAUUUUAAGCGGGAAUUUGUUCGAAGGAAACGUUCCAGAGUGGAUAGGAGAGAUGAAGAGCCUGGAGACUCUGGACUUCUCUGGGAACAAUUUUUCUGGCCACAUUCCAACUACAAUGGGGAACCUUCAAUAUCUAAAAGUACUGAAUCUCUCUUCAAAUGGCUUUACUGGUAACUUUCCGGGGUCUGUGACGAAAUGCCAAAGCCUUUUGGCCGUAGAUUACAGUCAUAAUUCAAUCACGGGUACUCUUCAGGCGAUUGGAAAUUUAGGCCAGCUGCAGUUUCUAAACCUGUCUGGGAAUUCUUUUGUUGGUCCCAUUCCAGAGACUAUUGGAGAUCUGAAAGCUUUGAGCAUUCUUGAUUUGAGUAGAAAUAGGCUGAACCAGAGCAUUCCCGAGGCAAUUGGAGGGGCCAUGUCUCUAAUGGAGCUGAAGCUGGAUGAAAACUUUCUAGGGGGUGGAAUUCCUGCUUCAAUUGGGAACUGUUCUUCCCUUACAACUUUGUUCAUAUCACACAAUAACUUAACCGGCCCAACACCGAUGGCAUUAGCAAAACUCUCUUAUCUUCAAAAUGUUGACUUAUCCUUUAAUAACCUCAAUGGAACCCUUCCAAAGCCAUUGUCUAAUCUUCCAAACCUUCUUGUGUUCAAUAUUUCUCACAAUAACCUUGAGGGCGAGCUGCCUGGCGGUGGAUUCUUUAACACCAUUUCCCCUUCAUCCGUUGCUGGAAAUCCGUCCCUAUGUGGGUCUGUGGUUAAGAAGUCUUGCCCUUCUGUCCUUCCGAAACCCAUUGUUCUUAAUCCCAACUCUACUUCAGAUUCCACUUCCAAUUCCCUGCCUCCAAGUCUAGGAGGUCACAGAAGAAAUAGAAACAUCCUCAGCAUUUCUGCACUCGUUGCCAUUGGUGCAGCUGCCUUCAUCAUCAUUGGUGUAAUAUCGAUCACCAUCCUCAACCUUCGCGUUCAGUCGCCCAUGUCGUCUUCAUCUGCAGCUGCGCUUGCAUUAUCUAUUGGGGACGAUUUCAGUCAUUCCUCCAGUCCUGAUGCGAAUUCUGGAAAGCUUGUGGUGUUAUCAGGAGAACUCGACUUCAGCACAGGAGCACAUGCCCUGCUCAACAAGGAUUGUGAGCUCGGGCGUGGAGGAUUCGGAGCAGUUUAUCAUACUGUUCUGCGGGACGGACACUCGGUUGCAAUCAAGAAGCUUAUAGUUUCAAGCCUUGUCAAGUCUCAAGAGGAUUUUGAGAGGGAAGUUAAGAAGUUUGGGAAAGUCAGGCACCAAAAUCUCGUGGCACUCGAAGGUUAUUAUUGGACUCCCUCGCUACAGCUCCUUAUAUACGAAUUUGUCUCCGGAGGUAGCUUGUAUAGGCUGCUUCACGAAGCAUCGGACGACAAUGUCCUAUCGUGGAACGAGAGGUUCGACAUAAUUCUCGGCACAGCGAAAGGCCUGGCUCACUUGCAUCAAUCAAACACAAUCCACUAUAACAUAAAAUCCAGCAACAUUCUUAUUGAUUGCAAUGGUCAACCUAAGGUGGGAGAUUAUGGUCUAGCAAGAUUGCUGCCAAUGUUAGACCGUUAUGUUUUGAGUAGCAAGAUCCAGAGCGCACUGGGUUACAUGGCGCCAGAGUUUGCUUGCAGGACAGUGAAGAUAACUGAAAAAUGUGACGUGUAUGGCUUUGGAGUCUUGAUUUUGGAGGUAGUUACAGGGAAGAGACCCGUAGAAUACAUGGAAGACGACGUUGCAGUCCUCUGCGACAUGGUACGAGCAGCAGUGGAAGAAGGAAGGGCUGAAGAAUGCAUUGACGGGAAGCUGAGGGGAAAUUUCCCUGCUGAAGAGGUCAUCCCCGUGUUGAAACUAGGCUUGAUCUGCACCUCCCAUGUACCAUCAAAUCGGCCCGACAUGAGAGAAAUGGUCAAGAUAUUGGAGAUGAUCAAAUGCCCAUCUGAAUUACAAGAAGAAUUUGGGAUAAACUAAGGCAACAACACAACCACAGAUUAAACCGGGACUCGCCUGGGAUUGUAUGGUGAAAAAAGAAUCCAGUGUGCUUAUCUGAAGAUGCCAAUGGACUGAAAAACCGUUAGAUGAAGUUACCAUCUGUACCUUUGCUUUGUUACUGUAAUUUCUGUUCUUUAACAGUCACUGGAUUCACUUUCACCAAUCUUCCUAUUUAGUUUCUUAGCUUUCUUUCUGGGCCUAAUCUGAGGCAACUUAAGCAGAUUCUCUUAUUUUUAAA